UGGAGGCCAUUCUGUAGUCGAUAGCACCAGAGGGUUUCCGAGUGGAAAGGGCAUAAAUAGCCGCGGAGAGCAACGGCGGCCCAUAGUUUUCGUGUUUCUAGCACUUUGCUAGCUUACUGCUUCUCGAUUAGCUCGUGGUACUUACGGCUACGAAAAUAGUAGGGCUGGCAAACCGGUGGCCGGCCGGCGGCGCGGCGGCCGAGGAGAUGGGGAGCCUCGACGGACACUCGCUGCAGGGCCACCACGACUACUCCCACCACCACGUCGGCGCGGGCGCGGGCCCAGCCAGCAGCAACAACAACGACGAGGACGACGCGUCGCCGCCGCCCGCCGCAGCGGGAGCGGGGGCUGGGCGCAGGCCGCGCGGCAGGCCACCGGGGUCCAAGAACAAGCCGAAGCCGCCCGUCGUCGUGACGCGGGAGAGCCCCAACGCGAUGCGCUCCCACGUGCUGGAGAUCGCGAGCGGCGCCGACAUCGUCGACGCCAUCUCGAGCUUCUCCCGCCGCCGCCAGCGCGGCGUCUCCGUGCUCAGCGGGAGCGGCGCCGUCACCAACGUCACGCUGCGCCAGCCCGCGGGGACCGGGGGCGCCGCCGCCGUCGCGCUGCGGGGGCGGUUCGAGAUUUUGUCCUUGUCCGGCGCCUUCCUCCCGGCUCCCGCGCCGCCGGGGGCCACGGGGCUCGCCGUGUACCUGGCCGGCGGGCAGGGGCAGGUGGUGGGCGGGAGCGUCAUGGGAGAGCUGGUCGCGUCUGGACCCGUCAUGGUGAUCGCCGCCACGUUCGGCAACGCCACGUACGAGAGGCUGCCGCUGGACCAGGACACCGAGGAGGGCGCCGUGCUGUCCGGGUCGUCCGAGGGCGCCACCGCGCAGCACCUGGAGCAUCAGAGCAGCGGAGGCGCCGUCGUGCCGCCGUCAAUGUACGCCGUCUCGCAGACGCCGCCGCACGACAUGUUCGGGCAGUGGGGGCACGCUGCGGUGGCGCGGCCUCCGCCGACGUCGUUCUAACGCUGCACCGGCGGCCGGCGGGCGAAUUGAUAUCUCUCUCUCUACCUUGCUAGUUAGAUUCCGGCUUCUUCCCUAGCUAGCUAGUUGUUUGAGUAGCUCAACUACCAUGUUACUUAUUCCGUUAUGUCAUGCAUGAGUACUUGUGUGAUCUUUUCAUUUUCCCUCUUUGGAGCUUGUGCAAUGUACAAUUCCUGUAUGUGCAUCAACUAUCAAGAUCGAUCGAUGAUUGCUAGUUAA